AUGGCCAUUUGCAAAGUGUGCGAAAAGGCAGAAUCCAAGUACAAGUGUCCUACAUGCAGAGCACCAUAUUGCUCCUUGAUUUGUUUUAAACAGCAUAAGGAAACGCCAUGCGAGCCUCCCACCCCAGUACAAGAACAACAAACGAGAAAGGAGAUUACGCCCGUUGGUCCACCUGACGAGGAAGACCCAAGCAGAUUAACGCCUCAGGAUCUAGAAAAGCUGCAAUACUCCAAGGAGAUCCAUGAUUUCCUCCAAUACCCGCAAUUAAGAGAAAUCAUCGCAAAACUAGACACAUCAAAGCAGCCCGAGAAGGAUCUGGAUUUAAUAAGAGCGCAAGAUCCUGUAUUUGAUGAUUUUACAAAAUUGCUGGUCGAUAUCACAUUUAAGGAUAAACUAGUAGCCUUUCAACAAAAAAAGUGA